GCCACUGCACCUAGAGGAGGUAAAGAGCACUUAUUCCAUCAGCACACACACAUUCCAGCUCACACACACCAGGAGCAGGACAGUCGGACACAAAAACACAUCUCUUCCUGGGAUAUGAACCGCCUCGUCAUCAUUUGUCUGCUGUGCAUCGUUGUUUGCAGUGCUCUGGAUGUGCAGGGAUCCUGGGACGCCACAUAUUCCAGUGAACUAGCCAGAGUGGCGGGCGGUCCAGCCUCCGGCGAGGGCCUCCUCACUUCCCCGGUCGAUGAUGACGAGCUGGAAGUAGAUAAAGAACUUUCAGGAGGAGACAGUGGAAACUUCAUCUUCCAUGGCGUGCAUCCCAAAGGGGAGAGGAAGAGGAGGAGAGGGAAAGGCAAGAGCAGAAACAAACAUAGGAGCAAUUUCACAACCCCUCUCAACCCCGAGCACACAAUCAUCACACAUGGGUACACAUCCAUGCACACCACCACCGAGGACCCCUGCACCUCCACCCACCUGGGCUACUGCAUUCAUGGCUACUGCAAGCACAUGGAGGGCCUCCAGGAGCCGGUCUGUAUAUGCAUGAAGGGUUAUAAUGGAGAGCGCUGCGGGAUUCAAACGUUGGAGACCUUCACCCCAAACACGGGCUAUGACACCGAGCUGGUGCAGACGGUUUUAGUGGUCAUCGCUGUCAUCCUGUCCGUCAUCAGCUGCUGCGCCGUCCUGCUCAUGACCUGCGCUCAUUACAGGUCUCAUAAAAACUUCCUGGCAUCCUACUUUGGAACGGGGUCGGAGCAGGAGAAACUACAGAAACCCAUCGGUGACGUGGUGGUGUGAGGGCGCGACGUCGCCAUGAGCCGAUUUGACCAAAAGAAGAGUCUGAAGACUUGAGGGAGUUGUAGAUGGCUUCACUAGAUGCUGUGUGAAAAAAAGCGCUCUUCACAACUAGUUAGGAUUUAAUUUAUUUAGUAUGAUUAUUUAUUGCUGUCUGUGUGUUUGUUGAACUAUUAUAAUGUCACAUGAUGUGUGAAUGCUGAGCAUUCAUCUUUUUAUUGUUCUGUAGGUUUGGCUUUAUUUAUUGCACUAUUUGUUACAGGUUAAAAAAACACUACACAAGUUUGUAAAUGUGAUUUGGGUCACAAAUAAAGAGCCUCAGUGUUA